CGCCAGUUGAGUGCUGUGCGAGUGUGCGGCAAUGCAAGUAUGCAACACGCGCUCGCACGUUCCAGAAUUCUACCAAUGAACAACGCCAAGCGCCGACGGUAACUUCCAUCCAUCAAAUCAUCAAACCAUCCAUGCCUUGCAUUGCCACGGGAACGUGUGGUGGUGGUGGAUCGGUAACCAAUCAAAAGAAGAUUUUGGAACACUUCACCGUUCCUCUCCACGCGAGUACGACGCUCUCGCCCAGUCGUGUGCCGGAUGCUACUGCGCUAUCAUGACUGUACUGAAGCCCGGCAGCCGGCCGGCCGGGCGGCCACACCCGAGUGCACGAGACAGGGACGACUUUGUCCGGGGCUACGAGCUGCAUUUCGCGCCAUUUCGCAUUCCAUCAGCUCGACUGUUUCGUUGCGAAAUCGUCUGUGUUGCGUAAGCAAACCACGGGAUAGGAUCAUAGGAAGGAGAGGUGACGACAAAGCGCCACACCGCCGCGGCGGACCAACCACCAGUCCAACACUACUACGAUCUCCGAUCCACCACCAAACAGUUUUGUUCAUCCAUGGAUCCCGCGACCGUCGGCGGCGGCGGCGGCGAGCCGGAGGCGGCAGCCGAGUGGCGCGCCCGCGCGGUGGGCGGGAUGGAGUACGGCUGGUACCGCGCCGUGCCGGGCGGAACCGGCACGACGCUGCUCGCGCUCCGCCUCGCGCGCGGCGCAGAGGCGGCGGUGGCGGCGGCGACCGUCCAGGCGGCGCUGCGGGCCAUCCUGGACGCUCACCCCGUCCUCCGCGCGCGCCUCCGCGGGUCCGCUUCCGGCAGCCCAACCCUCGCCUUCCCCUCCGCCGCCGCGCCGCCUCCGCCCCCGCUAGCGCUCGAGCUCCUCCCCGUGCCCGAAUCCGCCACCGACUUCCCUUCCCUCCUCGAGCACGAGCUCAACCGCAACCCAUGGACCGCCGCCGCCGCAACCGCAACCGCGUCCGAACACGAGCCCGACGCGCCACCGGUGCUCUUCGCCACGCUCUACGAGCUGCCGCCGCCAGCGGGUGGGGGGUCGGCGCUGUUCGUCCGGAUCCACACGGCCGCGUGCGACCGCGCGGCGUCGGCCUCGCUGGUGAGGGAGCUCCUCGCGCAGCUGGCCGGCGAUGGCGCCGCCGCCGCGGCAGCGAGCGAACCCGAGGACGCGGCGGUGCGCGCGUCGCUGGAGGAGAGGAUACCGCAGAGGGACUCGUGGAAGCCGUUCUGGGCGCGGGGGCUCGACAUGGUGGGCUACUCCAUCAACGGCCUACGCACGUCGACGCUGCCGUUCGAGGUGACCGGCACGGAGAGGUCCACGCAGAUGCUGCGCCUCGGCUUCGACCGCGACGAGACGACGAGGCUGCUCGAUGCGUGCAAGCAGAACGGAGUGAAGCUUUGUGCAGCCAUGGCGGCCGCGACGCUGCUCGCUGCACGGCAGUCGAAGCUGCAGCUGGCGAGCAACCAGCAGGAGACGUACUCCAUUGCGACCCUUAUCAAUUGCCGCAAGUUUCUCGAACCGGCCCUGGAUGAUCACAACGUUGGGUUCUACCAUUCUGCUAUCACCAACACGCACGCAAUCCAUGGCGGAGAAGAGCUAUGGGAGCUGGCCAAGAGGUGCCAAGAUUCGUAUACCAACGCCAAGAACAACAAGAAGCACCUCACUGACAUUGCCGACCUCAACUUCCUCAUGUGCCGGGCAAUCGAGAACCCGCAGCUGACGACGGGCUCUGCGCUCCGGACGGCGGUCGUCUCCGUGUUCGAGGAGCCGGUGGUGUACGACCUCUCCGAUCUGCAGAGCAAGGCCGGCGUGGAGGAAUUCGUGUGCUGCGCCACCGUGCAUGGCGUCGGGCCAUCCAUCGGAUUGUUUGACUCCAUCAGAGAUGGUCAGCUGGAGUUCGCGUGCAUGUACCCUUGCCCUCUCCAUUCCAGAAAGCAGAUGCAGGAGAUCUUGAACAAGGUGAAGCAGAUCUUACACGAAGGGAGCAUCGGAGAUGAUGAAAGCUUUGAAGAUUGUACCUGAAAGAUCGUCGAACCGUGGUACGAGGCUAUGACUUAUGAUUUAUGACCAUUUUCGCCUUUUUGGGUAAAUAAACUAUCGGCAUGUUGUCCCAUGUAGUAAUUGAUGUUGCACGUUUUGGUGCAAUAUGUAGUGUCCUGAAAUUGAAUAGUACACGCGCAUACGUUUUAGUGAUCAGUCCACUAUUCUACUGGAACAGCGCUUAAAUGGUUUUUCUGUUAACUGCUAAGCAAAGCAGUGUUCUUC